UAACUUGGAUACAGUGGCCGAAACUGUGUUUACUAAGAUCUCAUGGCUACACUAUGACCUCCUACAAAGAUAUACUGCGGGAGAAAGAAGCCCAAAACUGGAUCAAGGCCGCCAUCGCCCUCAACAUCACCAAGGAGGGUCUUCAAGACAUAGUAGAGGACGUGCUGACAUGUGUACAUCAGGACAUCUAUAGCACCGUUAGAACAUCCAAGGGUCUUCCACCCGGGGCAGCAUGUGCAUUUUGUUUCACCGAGAACGUGUUGAAUUGCCCUACUCGAGGGAUAUGCACUAGUACUAGAAACUGUAGAUUUCAUAACUCCCCUCAAAAACUGUAUGCUCCAUGUCCAAACGGGAUUUGUGAAGGCGUCCGUGACGAAAUAGUCAAACAUCACAGGUUUUCGGGACCAUCAUGGAAGAACACGAACGCCGACAAAUGGUGUACCAUUCCCUGGGAGAUAGGCAAGUGUUUCCUGCCUCCUGAUGGCUACAAGACCGUGUCCUCCAUCAAAGACAGCGAUUUCAACGGCGUGAUCAGCGUCAUGAUGAAUUGCAAGGAUUUCCAAUAUAAGCUGUCGUUUAACGUUGCGAUACAGCCAAAUUUAUUGACAGAGGUUCGAGACAUUGGUCGACGCGUACGCCACUCUAAUGACCAGAAGGUCAAGGACACGGAACUAGUAGACUUCCUGUUCAAGCUCCGCACCCUGCUGGAGGACAAGACUGAACUAGCAAACCGACCCGAGGCACAACACGCCGUGGAACAGCUUAAGAAGCUGCAAACAGACGAUUUCAAGAUCAGUGCUGAGAACGAAGGGGAGGUGUUGAAGGAAGGAUUACGACUACGUUUGGCAAACCAUUACCAAACCACUUUGGCCGACAUGCCGAUAUCUCCCAUUCUUGAAGAAAAGAAUGCAAAACUCAGGAAAUUCUACGUGGCACCGAAAAUUGUGGAGAAAGAUCAUAGACAAAUCGGCAAAAUUGACAAGGGAGAAAGUGGUCAAGAGGUUGCCAAAUUUUCAGAUGUUUUCUUAAAAAACGGUCAGCUGCUCAGAAAUGUUUUCCUUGUUGGUGAACCGGGCAACGGGAAAUCCACAUUCUCCGUAAUGUGUGCCCUGGAAUGGACUCACCAGUAUUUACCAGAGGUGGAACAUGUCGGUAUUAGAACAAGCUAUGCCGAUCCAGAAUUCUUCAAAGAGUUUGCAUUUUUGUUUCAUAUCACCCUACGAGAUUCGGGUAAGACGUGUGAUCUAGCAGAAAUGAUCAAGGAUCAACUUAUAGGUAAAAUCUACCACGAGAAGGAUGCCGAUGAUGGUUACCGGCUAUUGCAGACGGUUCUGGAAAGUGAAACAUGUUUAAUCAUAGCUGACGGCCUUGACGAAUGGACUCAUCCGGGAAACGUAAACUGUACGUGCAAAACUGAGGAAAAAGUUAUCCCUUUCCGAAAUUCGGCCAACAAGGCCACGCUCCUCACGACAACGCGUCCCUGGCGACUGUCACAGUUUAGAGUGCAGGAUUCAAAGAUCGACAAAUAUCUUGAAAUAGAAGGAGCUGCAGAUACAAAGCAACUUGUGGAAAAUAUCAUCAACAUUCUUAAUGGGGGAAAUAAGGAUGAACGGACACCAGAGGCUUUCAUGGAAAUGGUGUCAGCGAAGAAUCUUCAAGGAUUAUUGUCAGCACCUAUCAGUACCACCCAGCUCGUGUGCCUGUGGUUCGAGGGCAAGUCGUUAACCGAUUCAAAGUGUGACAUUUAUGCUGGCGUGAUAAACAUGCUAUCAUGUAGAUGUAGUUAUAUGCAACGGAAGCAUAAAAUUCCGAAAAUUGAACUGCCACCUGUAUUAAAGAAACAUGAAUGCUUCAUGCAAAAUCCCAUGGUUUACCUUGCGCUGGCAAAGUUAGCAUGCACAACUUUGUAUUCAGAGUGCAGAGGUUCGUCUGUUGUUUUCAGCAACAAAACAGUCAACGCUUUGUUAAGCAAGGAACAUGUUGAAUUUGCACUGAAGUCAGGCUUACUCACGGAGAAGAAAUCCAACUCAUUGAUCGAGAGAUCAUCUCACUUUUCAUUCUUUCAUAAAACACUUCAAGAGGUUUUAGCGGCUCUUCAUUUAUGUUUGAAUGAAAACGACUUCAGUCAGCUAUCAAACCAUUACGAACAAGAUAAUAAGGAAAAUAUCUUGGGAGAUGUAUCUCAGACAUUUAUUUUCAUAUGUGGAAUGAAGCCCGAGCUCGGUGUACAAAUGUCUUCAUGGAUCAAUAGUUCUAUACCACCAUACCAACCAUCAAUCUACUAUAUAGUGGAUACACUACUUCAGGACCUGAUUGUCUCCGGGUACCAUGAAGCACAGGCGAACAACUAUGGUGACAUACCGUUCUAUCUCGCAUACUUCCGGAUUGAUUGUUACGAGGAUGUUGUAGUGUUAAAAAAGCUGAUGAUGAUAAACAAGAAACGUAUUCAGUUACUGUUCAUCCGGGAAUGCGAUGACCAAAUUAAUGGGGAAGAGCUGCAGGAGGUGAUCACAUCCUCCUCCGACUCACUCAAAGGAGUGAGACUGUGGGACCGCCAUGGGCAGUAUGACCUGUCCCAGUGUCACAGGCUGGAAUAUCUGAAGAUACGAGGAAACAAUACCACACGUGUGCAGGUUGAUCCAACAAAUAUUACAACAUUUUACUUAGAGAUAGUAUCAUCAAAUGUUGAAAUGUACAUAUUUGAAUUAUUUAAAAACCCUCAAAGGUGGAGUAAACUACACUAUUUUAGGUUAACUAUCGUUAAGAAUGUCCAGUUACUUGUGGAUAUACUACCAAGUCUCCCUCAGUUACAACACCUUGACAUAUAUAAUACAGAUCUAGGUGAGCUCCACCUGCUCCCUCCAGCCACCAUCACCCAUAUUACACUUUGUAUUAUGACAAUGACAGCGGAGGCGGUGCGGAGUCUGAUAGAGACGAUGAAGAACAUACCACACACCAUUACAUGCAAGAUGGAGUACUGCACGGUGGAACCUGCUAGUGAGAUGAAAGACAUCCGAGAACAUAUGGACAGUUCGGCGUCAUUCAAGGUUCUCAGAUUUGACAAUACGCGUGAAUGCUUUGAUUUCAUAUUUACCAAAACGUGAAUAAUAAGUUAAAUGUUAGCAUCGAUAUUGAGAAAUCAUGUUUGAUGAAAAACAGUGAAACAAUCAAUGAAAGUGUCAUUCUAUUUAUAGAAAUAUGUUAUAUGUUACUUUUCAACGAACUAAUUAUCAUCAACCACUUUCUAUGUGUAUUCAACUACUUUAAUUCACGUUGUGUAUUUACAUGCAUCCUAAAAUAAAUAAAAUAGAUUUAACUUUACACAACAAUGUCGUUGUGGCAGAUGUUAUUAAUCUUAGAUGGAAACGUUCUCAUAUCAAAACAGUCCACUAUAAACGUGCAAAUUGUAGGUUAAACUUGAUCGACUUCGAAGAAGAGUCGCUUUAAUAAUCUAUCAACUCAUUUCCUAUUUCAAUAUGAUGUUAUUGAUAAAUGUUAGUCUUACUUCGCGAUAGG